AUGGCUACUGCGUCUUCAAGUCGCACAGCUCCUGCACCGGCAGAAAAGCCCGAAAAGUUUUCCGGCGUGGACUUUAAGUGUUGCAUCAUGAAAACAUCACGAGAGUUGUGGAUUGCUCUUGAAAAGAAGUACAAAACUGAAGAUACUGGACUUAAGAAGUUUGUGGCCGCCAAAUUUCUAGAUUUUAAAAUGGUUGACGGCAAAUCUGUAAUAAUGCAAGUCCAAGAAAUGCAAGUGAUUGUUCAUGACCUCCUUGUUGAAGAAAAGCUGCCUUCGCCGUGGAUGGACUUUAAGAAUUACUUGAAACAUAAGCGCAAGGAGAUGACGCUUGAAGACCUUAUUGUUUGUCUACGGAUUGAAGAGGACAACAAGGCUGCAGAGAAGAAGUCCCGCGUUGGACAUAAGGUUGUGGACUGCCGUGCACCGAAGAAGGACAAGAAGAAGAUUCAAGCAAACAUGGUUGAAAAGAAUGAUGAAAUGGAGGACUUAUGUGCCAUGGUAUCUGAAUGCAGCUUGGUAGGAAAUCUCAAGGAGUGGUGGAUUGAUUUUGGAGCCACUCUUCAUAUUUGUGCUAACAAAGAGUUAUUUGCCUCUUAUGUUCCAGCAUGGCCCGACGAGACUAUCUUUAUGGGAAACUCGGCAAUAGAAAAAAUUGAAGAAGUUGGACAUAUAUCUUUGAAGAUGACUUCGGGCAAAGUUGUGACUCUAAAUAGUAUUCUCCAUGUUCCUGAAAUUCACAAGAAUUUGGUCUCUGCUGAACUUCAUAUCAAGAAUGGAUUUAAGUGA